AUGGAUGCAAAAAUAAAGAAAUCCUGCCCAAGUUGCAGUCAGUUUUACCAACUAAAAUCUGCGGAAUCCACAAAUGGAAACAUACCAUUAUUCCUCCCCUGUGGACACUCAAUGUGUGAAAAUUGUAUUAUAAAUAUAUUAAAAUUUGAUGAGCCACUUAUAUGUAAAGUUUGUAAUCAAGAUAUGCAAAUCAAUUUCAAUUACUUGGAUUUGUACAAGCAAAAGAAAAUUUCACUGCAUUCAUUGUUUCCAGUCAACAUUUAUAUGAUUGGAGAGCUUACCUUACAAUGUUUGGAGUCCAAAAGUCAUAACAAAGGCAGUUGUAAAGAUGAAUGCUUCAUAGAUAUCAAAGGGAUCAUUAAAAGUACUGAAUCUACUCAAGGAGUAUGCAUUGAGUGCCAUGGAUCCACUUCAAAAAUGUGUGAACAAUGUGACAUUAUUGUAUGCAACAAUUGCUUCAAUAAAAGCCACAAAAAUUUUAUCAUAUUUAAAAGUCAUGCACUAAAAAACAUAGAGGGGAAUAUACAAAAGAACAUUUGUAAAAUCCAUCAAGAUAAGCCAUUGGAUUACUAUUGCAAAGAUUGUUCAAAGUCUAUUUGUAUGGACUGUUUAAUGGUCGGAGGGGAGAAGUCCUGCAAAAAUCAUGAUAUUACUUCCAUACAAGAAGUUAAUGAACAAUUUUUGGCUGAUCUGGCUAAUAUUAGCCCUAAAGUGGAUGAAAUGUUUCGUCGACUGUCAAAGACAGCUGUUGAUGUAGGCUAUUUACUGACAAAAAUAGAGGAUGACUCCAGGGCCACUGAGUACACAAAUUUAAUUAACAAAAUUGAUCAACAUUUCUCCAAACUCCAUUCAACCAUACAAAAGCAACAAGAGGAAAUAACCCAACAAGUGUUAAACUUAAAAUUUUCUGAAAUAGACUCAUUAAAGAAAGCUAAAGUUGAUAUUGCUAACAAUAUUAAAAAAGCAAAAAUUGCUUUAAAUAAAAUAAACUCAUUAGACCCAAACAAAUUGAAAGAGAUGAAUCUAUCUGCUAUAGUGGAUGAUGCAAAUGCAAUUGUUAAUGCACCUUGGUACCUGAACCGAGAUCAAUCGGAGAAUACCUUAGAUGUGACCGUAAAUGAAGACAUCUUUUCGUUAAUAAAGGAUUACAUGCAGUUUAAAGGCAAGGCAAAUUCUGUAUACAAUCUUUGUACUACAGAGGAAUUGGUUGAGAAUAAUACGGACAUACCGGCGGCGCCCGCGUCUGUUGUGUAUCCGCCUGAACUAAUCAAAGAUGUAAGACAGCUUAACAAACCAAAACAGAAACCAGUUAAAGAAAAUGUUAAACCACUAAAUUUCUUGGACAAAAUGCCUAAAUAUCGCAGCAAGAGCGGUUCCUGCUCGUCUCUGAAUUCUAACAACAGUGACUCCUCACAAAAAACUUAUCAGUCAUAUGACAACAAACAGAUAACAGAGCCAAUCGCUCCAAACGAGGAAAUUGAACAACCACUAGUUGAAGGUACGCAAGAGCUGAUCUACAUCUCGCACAUCGUGUCGCCGCGGCAGCUGUACGUGCAGCGCGCGCGCCACCAGCCGCGCGUGCAGCGCCUCAUGCGCGACCUGCGCCACGCCGCCGCGCUGCCGCGCCCCACGCUGCAGCACGUUGCUGAAGGAAAAAUUUAUAUAGUUUUCAACAAAGCAGACAAUUUUUGGCAGAGAUGUACGAUCGUCAGUAUUGACAGCAAGGACGCGAACAAACCAAUCUUCCAUGUCUUUUGUGUCGACUUUGGCAGUACAAUAGCCGUCACUAUUGACAAACUGAGGUUAAUCCCGCCAGCGCUCGCGCAAGCCCCGCCGCCGUUUGCCAUCAGCUGCGCGCUCGCCAACUGCGAGCCCAUCAACGGCGACUGGAGCAGCGACGACUCAUUCCUCAUACAGAAUAUUAUCGAUAAUAAGCAGGCGGUGCUGCACGUGCGGCGCGUGGCGGGCGCGCAGCUGUACUGCGACGUGACCACGUUCGAGCACGGCGUGAGCGUGGCGCACGCGCUCGCCUUCCACGGCCGCGCCAAGCUGCCCUGCCCUAUGCCGUAUCCAAAGAUGACAGGAGUAAAUGAAAAACCAAAAAUACUUAUCGGCUACCAUGACAGUAAGAGAAACUCCGUUGAAGAAGUAUACAUUACGCACAUUAUCAGCCCUGAUAAUUUCUUCGUUAGAGAGGAACAUCUGCAAAAUGCUUAUAAAAAAUUAUGUGAAGAUUUGGAGCAAGAAUACAAUCUGAGUGUCAAGGCGGGUAGUAUUUAUUUGCCGGAAAAAAACAUGGCAUGCGUGGCGAACAUUGAGAAGUGCGGUCUGGGAGCGAGCUGGGCGCGGGCCGUCGUGCUGGAGCUGCCGGGACGCGCGCGCGUGCGCCUGCUGCUGCCGGACAUCGGCGCGCACGUACUUGUGCACUGGACGGCGCUCCGCCGCAUACUGAACAAGUUCACUGUGCAGCGCGCGCUCGCAAAAGAAUGUCAUUUAGCGGGUGUAACGCCUCUUAAUAGGAAAUGGAGCUCUGGUUCCGUGGCGUUAUUGGAGAGUUUUCAAGGACGAAUUCUAGAACUACAUGUAGAAGAUAAUCGUAAUCGCAAUUCUUUAGGAGUUACAUUAUAUGACAAAUCAGACGAAGAGGAUGUUAUAUGUGUCAACACUCAAAUGAUUAAAAAUAAAUUUGCUGUCACUUUUGGGCUAUUUACGUUCAAUAAAAAUUCAGAAAUGAAUAACUUAGUAUAUUCUAAUGCUGCUCCUCCUAAUGGGCAGAAACCGAAUCCCAAACCCGAUGAAACGCCCAAAAUUACGAUACUUAAUAAACAACCACCGAAAGCCCAAAAACAAAUUAACGAAGAUUUAGAGGCAAAAGACAAAGGACCUCUGCGGUUAGAGGCCAAAGUACUCAACUAUCAAUCACCAUCUCUGCUUUACGUCUCGAUUGUACAUCAACAGAAAAUAUUCACAGAGCUAUUUGAGAACAUACAAACGUAUUAUUCCAAAAAGAGAACACAAGGCAGAACAAAUUGGAAAGUUGGUGAUCGAUGCUGUACGAUUUGCAACCAAUCGCAAACGUGGCGUCGGGCGGCCAUCUUGGAAAUUGAAAACGAAAACGCUAAAGUGUUUUAUUCGGAUUUUGCGUGUAUUGAAACCGUUCCUAUAUCAAGUUUAAGGGAUAUUCCACAAGAACUAGCAUCACUUGGUGAUGCAGCUAUAAUGUGUCAUUUGUGUGGAGUUAUACCUGCCAUUGGGGAAGAAUGGCCGUCUUUAACCAAAGAGUACUUAAAAGAACUUCUAGAUGUGUACAAACGUGUCUUUAUAACUAAACUGGGGAAAUUCAAAGGGAAAAGUAUGCCUAUAGAGCUAUGGGUGUAUCAUACUAUACAAGGCGGUGCUCUCGAGCCCAACAAGUCGGAAUGGCGUUGUUUGAAUAAAAAGAUUAUAGAGCAAGGCUUGGGGAUACCUGAUAAGUCGGAAUUGGACUAUGAAAAGGACAAAACCACAGAAAAUACAGUGGACGAUAUGCUCUCUUUCUUAAAUAUUACCGGAUCUCUUCAAGAUUGGCUGCAAAUUGAACCAAUGCCGUUGAAACCUUUGAAGCUUGUUUCAGACUCUGACAGUAACUCCACUUUAAAUGACAUCGAAACACAGAGAGUAGAAGAUACUAAUAAUUCAAAUACUGUGUUUAUAACGGAUUGGUUGCCGCCUGAACCUUUGUCAAGUAAUGAGUUUACAGCGAUGCCAACAUACAUCGAUAACGAUGGUGUAAUCUAUUUACAUGAAAUCUCACAGCAAGACACAUUAGAUUUGAUACGAAAAGCACUGGACGUUCGCUUCAAAAAUCCUGAUCCAAAGGCGAAGUUUGUUAAAUGGACGGUCGGGGAACCUUGCAUUGCGUUGUUUUUCUUAGACAACCGCUUCUAUAGAGGGAAGGUUUUAGAAGUUAACAAAGAAGCCUCAAACUGUCUAAUUCAUUACAUCGAUUACGGCAAUGAAGAGAUAUGCGCAUUCGAGAAUCUAAGAAAGAGCAUAGUCUUACAUCAAAUACCAAUGCAAGCACAUAAGUGUAUACUAAACCGAAUCCGACCCAUCAACACUCAUUGGGAUAGACAGACUUUGGACUAUAUACAUAAAUCUAUUGUAGAGAAACAGUGCUACGUAAAGGUCACCGGUGAACCCAUAGACGAUCUAAUUCCAAUAGAACUUAAAUACGACAAAUUAUGGAUCAAUGACCAUCUUGUUGACUUUGAAAUGGCUGUAUACACGGACGGGUCUAAAGCUGUUAUACGAAAAUUCGCGCCAACUGUUAAGGAAAUUCAAAAAUUAGAACAAACUCUCGAAUCUGAUUCAGGUCCAGAUUAUAUCAUAGAAGACGACGAUACCGCCGAUCGCACAAUAGAUUCAGAAUCCUCGUUACAUAUGAGAAACUAUGAAAUGGAGGACUGGGUGAAAAUGGUGGAUGAGGAGGAAAUGGAAAAACAAGCCCUCAAUGGCAGCUUUAUGACGUAUUCACCAUUCACUGAAACGGAGUUUAUGUGUAACAUUACAGUAUUGAAUGAAGUAGAUAAAUUGGAACUAGCGGUCGUACACGACGAUGAAACGAAUAAGGCUUAUGAGGAAAUGUUCGAGGAACUGCAAGGUGUGAGCUCUGACAUGCCACCGCUUAAUGGUAUAUACGAAAAUAAAGCAUGUCUCGCGUUGUUUCCAGAUGACGAACAGUGGUACAGAGCGACCAUUUUGCAAUAUAGCGAAACAAAGGGUCGUGUUAAAGUGAAAUAUGUUGAUUAUGGUAACAUCGAGAUCAUAUCAUUGGCGAAUGUGAGAGAGAUUAGUGAGAGAUACGCGAGAUUGCCGCCUGCAGCCGUCACGGUCACAUUAUACGGCGUCAGAAUAAACCCCGAUAUUGAUAGAAAUACUCUUGUUGAACAUUAUACGGGCACAUUUCUGGAGAAAGGCCCUUUCCAUGCACAAGUCGUUGAUGAUACCGAUCUUAUUCCUAGCGUUAAACUCUUGAACGAUGAACGACAGUUAAUUUACGAAAAUCUCAUCCAACAAAAUUUACUUUUAAGUGAU